UUGUAAAAAUACAUUCAAAAACUACCAAACGAUGUUCUGUAACGUACAUCAACCCAAAAUAAAGAUAGAUAAAAGGCCGCCAUACACAGGGGCUGUUUCCAAAAUUGUAUUGCCUUGUUCGUAUGUCCACAAGACUACCAGCGAUAGAACAGCUUGUCUUCAAUAUUCUCCGUCCCGCGGGAGCGUAAAUAACAGUUGGCUUACGAUUUACCAUCUCAAGGUCAUCCUCCGUUGCGGAAGAAGCAGCUUCUAGUGCGAAUUUCAUCUAAAAUCGGAACUACAUGAAUGGCACAUAUGUUACAUUCACAACAUGUCUGUGUUUAAUUACAACUACAACGACGCGUUGCGUGCCGAUGGUAAACCUCACAUCUACUAAUCAUUCCAUCCAUUCCAUCGUUCUGCGGCUGUGGGUAUGAUCGCGUACUUGCCGUCCCGUCGCCUGUUAUCAGUGAGCAUUGGAACCGCCAACGACGCAGUUGGCUUGGAUUUGGGAAUACAGUGUGUGAUUGUUGAUCGCGUAGUAAUUCAUUCAAAAUGAGAAGAUACAUUCGACUGUUAGCGUUGCUAGCGCUCUGUUCAGUAGCUUCAGGCUACGUUUACCGGUGUGAGCCGGGAACCGAACCUACCGUGUGCAGCAUUUGGAAUCUGCAGUACGAUUCGAAGGCUCUGGUGAAACAUCCCGACAAUCUGCCGUCUGUCCAGUAUCCUUCCACCGUGCGCACGGUACGGCUCUUGUUCGAGAAGUACUACUACAACCGCCAGCAGCAACUGACUCGGUACGAUACGACGCUGCACACAACAGUGCUACACAAUCCGCCCAACUUGCAGAUUUGCGAUACCCGUUUGCGACAGCUGGUCAUGCCACCCAGUCUCCAGGUCGGUUAUCUUACCGACAACAUGAUCUCGACGAUCGAAAUCGAACCGGACAAGGCGUACGCAGUGCGCUACCUCGAUCUAUCACACAACAGCUUGAGGAACAUUGCCAAUCUGUCUGUGCUGGUGCAGCUACAAACGCUCAAUCUAGAAGCAAAUGGUAUAACUACGCUCAACACGUCCGUGUUUACACGUAUGGUAAACCUUACAUAUCUGUACCUUGGGGAUAACAGCUUUAGUACGAUCGAUUUGCGCCCACUGCCGAAGGGACUGUCCGUGCUGUGGCUGCUACGGAACGAUUUGCGCGAACUCAGCCUGACCGGUGUCUCGAUGGGUGCGCUGCGCGAACUCGACCUGGAGGCAAAUUCGCUCCAAACGCUCGAUCUUGCUGCACUGUUUGCCGCCUUUCCGGCGCUCCAGGUGUUACCGAUCGCGUACAACUCAUUCCCCAAGGAGGAAGCGGAACGCAUCAUCGCGGAUCUGAAGCGGCACAAUGUGACCUACUCCGUUGGGAUGGAGCGGAUGUAUCAGGAGGGUUGCGAUUCGGACGAAUACAGCGUGGACAGUCUGUGCUUUACCGAAACCCUGCUCGGUGCGCGAUCGUUUUGGAAAGGCAUCUUUCUGCUAGUGAUGGCUGUGCUGGUGGUGUGUAUGUUUGGGUUUAGCGUGCGCUGGAUCUGGUACCAGAUGCGCUACUGAGGGAGGCCUCACCAAGGGGCUAUGUGUGUGUGUGUGUGUAUGUGUAGUCUAUUGUGAUAGUGCAAAAGGGUGGCAAGGGUGAAGCUUACGUGUAUAUGGGUUGUGCUGAUAAAAUCAAGUGCAAACCGAAACCAGUGUUUAGAAUUGAGGUUUCAGAAUACAUAUUCGUAUGUAAAGUGAAUGCGUUCAUUAAGCAAAACUGAUUCAAGAAUAAUCGAAUAAAAUUAUAACCAUAUUAUAAAGAGUGACUAACUAUAAAAA